AAUAAAUGACGAGGUCUUCUAGUACUUUCCAGGUUCCACAAGACUCUCUCAUUGCCUUGGCUUUGUGUCUUGUAAUAAUAUACUAUAAAACAAAAUUUCGCAACCUUUGUCUGUCCAGAUUCUACGUUUUCGUUUUCUCUGAAAAAAGCUGCUCGAAGAUUAUUUCCAUGGCGGAAGAAGUUGCGCUUGAUUUGGAUGAACUCAGGCAACUCCAGAACAUCGCCAAGAGACCUCGUGUUCUGAAUCUCAUCAAUUCCGAGAUUUCCAACUUGGAGAAGCUAAGAGACUCUGCAGUCAGUUCAAGUGCAAAGCCAGAGGUCCCGGUUACUGUUCCUGCACCGGUUUCAUCUUCGGUUAAGCCGGUUUCUUCGGCAGUGAACUACGUAACUCUCGGAACAUUCAGCUGGGAUCAAGACAGUGAAAAAGUCAAGAUGUACAUAUCCUUGGAAGGUAUUGAUGAGGACAAGGUUCAAGCUGAGUUCAAGCCAAUGUCUUUGGACAUCAAAAUCCAUGAUGUUCAAGGGAAGAAUUACCGAUGUGCCAUCCCGAAGUUGCAUAAGGAGAUUGUGCCAGAGAAAUGUAAAGUGCUUGUAAAGCCUAAGAGGAUAGUUAUCACAAUGUUCAAGUCUUUCAGAGGAAACUGGCUUGACAUUCACCACAAAGAAGAUAAGAUAAAACCGAGUUUGGAGAAAGAGAAAGACCCAAUGGCUGGAAUUAUGGGCAUGAUGAAGAACUUGUAUGAAGAUGGAGAUGAAGAAAUGAAGAAGACAAUAGCUAAAGCUUGGACAGAUGCUAGGUCAGGCAAAGCAGCAGAUCCUUUAAAAGGACUAUGAAGCUUCUGUGACAUCUUUUGUAACCGAGCACCGUAUGCUUUAUGUUCUAGUGACUGUAUCUGUGAAAGAACUUUUUUUUUUUCUGUGAAAGAACUUAGCAAAAGCAAAACAUCUAUUUUUUGAGUUUA